AUGCGGGAGAAUUAUGAGACUGUGACUUCGCUGGAUGAUGGGAUGGUGAGUGAGAUUGAGGAGGAGAAUCCUGAGCAGGAAGGUCCUGAGCAAGUGGAACCACAGGGGACAGUAUCGGGAAGAGCUGAAGGGGAUAUUUCCCAGAGUCCUGAGGAGGGAGAAAACCAUGAGGGUCAGAGCGAGCCAGAGACAGAGCAAGGAAACCACUCAGCGGAGAGACAGGGUAAAUCCAGAGGAAUUAGGAAAAUCAAAGAAACUGUUCAACAGAGAAUCCCCACUGGAGAAAGACCCUACACAUGUGGUGACUGUAGGAAAAGCUUCCAAUACAGAUCAGCCCUUAUUAGACACCAGAGAAUUCACACAGGAGAGAGACCCUACAAGUGUCUCGACUGUGGGAAAAGCUUCAGACAGACCUCAGCCCUUAGUAAACAUCAUACACUGCACACGGGAGAGAGACCCUAUAAGUGUCUAGAGUGUGGGAAAAGCUUCCGUCAGAGGUUCCACCUUAUUAAACAUCAGAGAAUCCACACGGGCGAGCGACCCUAUGAAUGCCUUAUGUGUGGGAAAAGCUUCAGUGAGAAUUCACAGCUUCUAUCUCAUCAGAGAACCCACACAGGAGAGAGACCCUAUAACUGCCCCGAUUGCGGGAAAAGCUUCCGUCAUAGAUCAGUCCUCAUUGAACAUCAGAGAAUCCACACGGGAGAGAAACCCUACAAAUGCAAUGAGUGCGGGAAAAGCUUCAGUCGGUUCUCUCACCUCCUAUCACAUCAGAGAACCCACACAGGAGAGAAACCCUAUAACUGCCCUGACUGUGGGAAAAGCUUCAGUGAAAGCUCAACCCUUAUUCAACAUCAGAGAAUCCACACGGGAGAGAAACCCUACAAAUGCAAAGAGUGUGGGAAAAGCUUCAGUCACAUCUCACACUUCCUAACACAUCAGAGAAUUCACACAGGAGAGAAACCCUAUAACUGCCCUGAUUGUGGGAAAAGCUUCAGUCACAACUCAACUUUUACUCAACAUCAGAGUAUCCACACAGGAGAGAAACCCUACAAGUGCAAUGAGUGUGGGAAAAGCUUCAGCCGGAUCUCACGCCUCCUAUCGCAUCAGAGAAUCCACACAGGAGAGAAACCCUAUAACUGCUCUGACUGCGGGAAAAGCUUCCGUCAGAGCUCAACCCUCACUAAACAUAGGAGAAUCCACAGUGGAGAAAGACCCUAUGAGUGUAUUGACUGUGGGAAAAGCUUCAGUCAGAAUUCACAGCUUCUAUCACAUCAGAGAACCCACACAGGAGAGCGACCCUAUAACUGCCCCGAUUGCGGGAAAAGCUUCCGUCAUAGCUCAGUCCUUAUUGAACAUCAGAGAAUCCACACGGGAGAGAAACCCUUCAAAUGUGCUGAGUGUGGGAAAAGCUUCAGAAUCCACACUGGAGAGAAACUCUAUAACUGCCCUGACUGCGGGAAAAGCUUCUGUCAGAGGUCAGUCCUUGUUCCUCACCAGAGAAUCCACACAGGGGAGAAACCCUUUUAA